AUGAAGGACAAAGAGCAGAACCCAGCAGGGCUUGCUCAACUCAUAAUUGUGGGUCAGCAAGAUGAUCGGGCAGAGCCCGCUAAGGAAAGUUCUACACUGCCGGUGUUUGUGAAUUCCGAACCAAUGAGGGAGGAACAAGGGCUCUCUCUUGUUGUUUACAAACGGUCUUUUCUCGAGAAGAAGCCUCUCACAAAAGAAGAGAUUGAUGAAGCGUUUCAGAGUGUGCCUGUUAUUCUCGUGAUAUUGGCUGCAAAUGCUGCAGUAGGAGUGAUUACAGAAACCAACGUUGAAAAAGCUCUUGAGGUCCUUUAUAGAUUUUUGGAUUACUUAAGCAAAUUUGACUGGGAGAACUAUUGUAUAAGUUUAAACGGACCAGUAUGCAAAUCAUCCUUGCCUGAUAUAGUGGCUGAGGCACCUGAAAACGAGAGAGAUGAUCUACUGCUGAGUGAAGAAUUUAUUAGAAAUUGUGUGGAAAUGUUCUCUGUUCCAGCAAGGGGGAAUGAGACAAACUUGCGAGCUUUUUCCCUGAUGCAUCUUAAUUUAAUACCCACUAAAGCAGGACAACAACCUUGGGCGAAGUGUCAGCAGAAAGAAAAUUGCUGCGGUGCUAAGCUAGCAUACAACAUCUUUAUUGUCGUAGAUGAACGCCAAACCAAUUCUCUUAGCUAUGCAGGAAAUGAAACAAAAAUAGCUAAUUCAGCACCAAAGUUACACCUUCAACAAAUACGUUUUAAAGAAAUGAAGGUACAAACAUUGAAAGCUUUUCUGGUAUUAAUCAAACUAAGAUGAUCAAAAUACAUUAUCCAAAUUCUGAACCCCAGGUAUGUCUCCAAUUUCAGUUACUCUUCAUUUCUCAUUACAUUUGUUUGUGUUACACAAUGUUACGUUGCUCCAAAGUUUUAUAUGUAUAAAUUAUGCUCAAUCUAUUUUAAUAAUUUUUUAGUUGUUAAUAUCUAUGUACAUUCACAUCCCGCAGCAAUGCGUUGGCAUCACUUCUAGUGAAACCUAUUUUGCACAACCACUAACAAAUUGUUUGCACCUUUACGCAAUCUCCAUUAGAAAAGCCACAAGUUUCUCAAUCAAGCAAAUUGGCAUCAUAAUAUCCAAGGGGUGCAAAUUAGCCCUCUCUUUUUUUCUUUUCUUUUUCUUUUUUUUUCUUUUUUUUCCUUUUCUUCAUCUAAAAUACACCAAGAAGCAGGUGGAGCUAGCACCAUCGCUGUCUGUCCGAACAUCAAAUGCCUCUUUCUUUUUCUUCUGCAAAACGGCCAAAGUACCCAGAUUCUUCUUUUCUAUAAAAAGCUUGCUACAGACCAACCACCACAGAGUGUUAAUGUUUGCCAUUUUAUUUAUUACCAUUGGGUGAGUUUAAAUUUUGAGAUUUGUAUUUAUCUAAAGUAUUAAACUCAUAUAACGGUGAUAAAUAAAGUAAUGAACAUCACCAUCAUUUGAGUGUGGAGAACAAGAAUAUUCCUAUGAUAUUGUACGCAAAAGGGGAAAAUUUCCUAAUUGCAAAAGCAAAAUAGAGAGGUAAUAAUUAGAGGGUUUUUACGCUCUUAAUGGUAUUUAAUUUGCUUGGUAACGAGAAUUAUUUGGUAGUCAGUCACCUACAGCAUGCAUGCAAAUUGGAGGAGACAAUAUAUGGACCAAAUUACACCACCGUAUCCUUUGGAACUUCACUUAUAGCCCCAUGUUCACUUGGAAGACAUGAAAAUUAUGAACAAAAUUGUUUUUUCUCCUAACCAUGACAAAUUUGUAACUCAAUCAAGUUUAUUUGCUUUGAUAAUUAAUAUUUUGGGUGACAAUUUUUGAUGAGAUUCAUUAAAUACUAACAAUUAGUGGACGAUAUUAAUCGGAGUGCGUAAAAGAUAGGGCAAUAAGUUAAAAGGCGAGUGACACAACUAUAAGUCACAUUAUCGUGACUUUGAGUAGAGUAGCAUAUGACACUUGCAAAAUAGUGUUCCCCAAAGUGCUCAAUGAAAUUUCUUUCCUUUUCUUCCCUGACGAA